AGCGUAGCAGGCACGCUCACAGCUCGCGCGCAUUUGCCGAAACUGUCAAAAAUGUAUACAGAGAGGUUAUUAUAGUGAAUAAUCAGAUUAUUUUGUGCACCAUGUUUUAACAUUUACAAUCAAACUCAGCAACAAUAUUGCUAUUGCAAUUUAUUAUUUUGAAAUACUCUCUUUACUUUACCUAUUUACAAUAUUACUAUUUACAUUUGGUUUUCAGCCAACUAGAUUAGAGUUACUCGUUAAACUACCCGUAUAUUUUGUGGUCUAGGAUUAUUACAGAAUGUUAUCGCACAAUGUAUGAAGAUGAUAACAUAACUUCCACCCCCAAGCGCUGUGUGCUAACUGAAGUCACCAACUCUACCAAUGUGUCUCCCACGGCGAAUUUGAAGUUGUUGACGAACGUUGCGCUGCUGUACCCUACUCCGCCGCCGAGCACCAUCCACCGCAAAGAAAAGUCACUUCAGAUACUAUGCGACAGAUUCCUUACCCUGUUCCCCCUGUAUGGGCACGGCACGGUGGAGAUCCAGCUGGACAGCACGGCGGCGCGGCUGGGCGUCGAGAAACGCCGCAUGUACGACAUCAUCAACAUCCUGGAAGCCAUGCAGUGUGCAGUCCACAAGCGGAAGAACACUUACCUGUGGCAUGGAGGUUCAAGACUGAAUUCCUUUUUGAAGAUGCUUAAAAAGCAAGGGGAGAACCUGAGACUGUCUGCGGCUCUGCGCGGGAGAGCUCCGAAGCCACCCGCUCCCAAACACAAAACCCUGGGAGUAUUGGCUCAAAGAUUUUUGAUGCUUUUCCUAGUAGAACCACCUAAUACGCUUAUAAAUCUGGAGAUGGCUGUGAGAGUGCUGAUCGACUCAUCUAACAAAACCAAAACCUCCCUCUCACCAGAAAUGCUAGACCGUCAGCACAAAUCAAAAGUAAGAAGGCUGUAUGACAUCGCCAACGUCUUUAUUUCAAUUGGUCUCAUUGAAAAAGUGUCAGGAAACUCAAUUUUAAAGAAACCUGUUUUCAAAUAUGUUGGGCCCUUCAAAAUGAAGAAGGCAGAUAAGAUGGUGAUAAGUACUUCCUCUCCGCUGACCCCCCUCACCCUCCCGGGUAGCGAGCAGCGCAUCACGCCUUGCCACGUGUUCUCCGGCAGAUCUAAACGGAAGCUAGAGUUCUCCAGCACGCCCGGUAGCAAUAGGGAAACUCCAUUGGGCGUCACUACCCCACCUCACACUCCUUCCCAUAAGUGGGACGAAAUUUUAUUGGUUGCCGACAUGGAGCUCACUAGAAUAAACAACGGAAUUAUUUUGUAAAAUUGUAUUCAUAUGACUUGGCUAAAUAUUUUUCUAAUUAAUUCUCCGUCCACGUUAAAGGUCCAUGUCCGCAAUUAGGGCCUACAUUAUUUGCUGUAGGAAUAUCCCAGUAUGCACCAAAAUGAAGGGCUUACUUUCACUAAAUAAACCUUAGCCAUGAUCAUGCUCGCGAUACAAGUUCGGAACUCUUCUUCAAAUGAUCUCAUUGACAAUCGUUUUAUUAAAAAAAACAACACAAACAAAAAUUUCAAAAACUACAGUUAUUAUUAGAUAGUAUUUAAAAAAGGGUUUAUUGAUUAAGGUGCAGUAAUAUGCUCAGAGAACGGAGUUUGAGAAAAGUCGUAGCACUCUCUUUGAUCACAAUACGGUUGCCAAAAAUGUAAUUAACAAUCUUGAGGCCUUUCGUUCGCUUGGGACAUCAGCCAUUCGAAUCCAGUUCAAGAAUGGAUAUUUAAAAUAAUACUAAAUUGAGUACCAACAUAUAGAUCAUCAUUCAACUUCCUUGAUGGCGUAAGGGCUUAUUAGUAUUACAUCUCGAUGCGAUCGCAGGACACUUAGUAGAAAAGUCGGUCCACGGAUGCUACCAUCCUAGUUAGCAUCCUAACAGGAUAUUUAUAUUUUACUAGGUACAAACAGCAACACUCCUUACUGUACAUCGAUGGACCUUAUUACAUAAGGCAUAAGGUCCACCGAUGUACCUACACAGUUAACAGUGUGGGUGAUGGUACCUAAUAUUUAGGUAUUUUAUUUUAUUAGUAGUGAACACUAAAUAUGUUUUAGUGGUAACUACUGCGAAAAAAAUACCACUAGCUACCACUGGGACCAGGUGAUAAAAAAUCUCAGUUGUUACAUCUUGGUGGUAACUUGUGGAAAUAAUCCAAACAAAAUUGUUUAAAGAAAUGUGCUUUGUAUUAGCUGUCCAUUGCAUAACAAGUUUUUUUGUACUUGAUGUAGACCACCAGCUGACUGCGUUGGCAAGGUAGCUGCUUGUCAUUUUGUGGUAUACAUUAAUAAUAAUUUGAUAUGACUUGGAAACAUGAACUUUAGAAAUGUUGUUUAGUAAUUUUACGACAAACUGCAUUAUAUGAAUUUGACCUUGAAAUGCGUAAGACCCGAUUUAUACAUUGAUUAGGAUUAAGUGAGAGUUCGUACAUUUGCUGAUUUUUUACCUUGACAUUUAAAACAAUAUAUUCACUGGCACGGUGGCACGGAUCCGUGCCUAGCAUACGAGGGGUUACCUACUAAUGGCAAAUGUUUGAACUUGCACUUAACAUAAUAAAUCGGACCUAAUUCGUCUUCCAAGAAAAACUUAAGAUUUAAGUAUUUAAUAUUAUUCCAAACAUUGAACAAAAAACAAUAGAUGUAAUGUUCCUAUGUUAAAAUUUUAUUAUUGUUGCUCAGAAAAGAGUUUAAUUAAUUUCAGAGACAAAUAAUGCAAUUAGCAAAUUGUUGACUUAGAAAAAAAUCCUUAAUUAAUUAUUAAGUUUGUAAGACGUAUAUAAAUAAAAAAAUUAAAUGAAGUAUAUAGUUGUUGGGUUGCGCCGCUCCCGCUCUACCGCGAGGGCGUAGGGCGACUUAGCCACGAAGCGAACUGGGCGAUGCAAAGACGAAUCUUUUUCGAUUAUAAUAGUAUGUAGUUAAAUUUGUUUCGAGUAAGCACAAUGUUAUAUAAAAAAUUAAAAGUAUAAUACACGUCCAUAUGUUUUGUAUGUGUACGUAUUUAGUACGUACAGACUCGUUUGGAUUGCUCAUACCAUGUACGUGCACCAUUGUCAAGCUAGGCCGCGUGCCCUGUCGCCGUGGCACUGUACCUACUUGUUCAACGUAACGAAUACUUCACCUGGCCACCUGGUCACCAGCCCUCUUCACCUCUAUGCUUAACCGCAAGUUAGCUCCUGAGGCGUAACUCUACAUUUUUGUAUUUUUAUGAAAUCCUUUCCGUGGAAAGCCAUCUUAAAGAUGUAUUGUUAAAGUCAAUGUAGGUUAUAAUUUAUAAAAAUUUACCAUACCUUCCAGUGGGACUUAUUGUCUCGAGAGGGAAAAUAUUUUUAUCAUAUUGUUUUAUACAUAGACAUUAAUGAAUCUAUUGUUACAAUCCUUACAUACAAUACUUAUAAAUAAAUAUUAUACCUACUUUAGAUACUGCUAAGGGAGGCUUCCUGUGGCACAAUUCCCAAGACUAGCCGUUCUUCCAGCUCACAGGUCGUUAAACCGGUUUUAGUUAAACCUCUGUUGUUUAUAAUUAUAAUACGAUAUGUGAAUACACCGCUUUAACAGCUCGCAAUACCAGCGAAAAGUCUAAGAUAUUUCGCUGGCUAUGUUAUUUAUGAAUUAUUUUAUUUUAUUUCUGAAAUGCUAGUAAACAAAAUCACCGCACGAAACUAACCAUCAGCGCUGACGAAUGUCAACAAACAUACGCAUGCAUAAUUGCGUACAUCCUUCACUGGUACAUCCAUACAUACACACAGGAUGGUGGAGCUACGAUUCACUUGGCAUGAAUAUAUGUAGGUAGUCACAGUGAUUACGAGUAUUUUAUUAUUGCGGUUUCAAUUGUGUGCAUCCAAUGUUUCAAAUUAGUAUAUAAUUUUAAAAUAUUUAAAGUUGCUUUUUAUGCUCUAUUUGUUGCUAAGCUGUAUCUGUAAUAAUAAAAAAUACAUUAAAU